UAGUGUUUUGUUUUGCAUUUGCAUUUGCAUUUGUUUCGUGUUCGUGUAAGGAGUAGACUGUUGUUCCAGUUUUGUUUGUUGUCACAUAUAGUAUCAACGAUGCUACUGAUUUCUGUUGGAGGCAUAAUUUUUUUCACUUUAGUAAUUGAAUGCAAUGCAGCUACAUUCGAUUUAAUUAAUCCUGAUAUAAUUGCAAACAACGUGGAUCGGUCCAUCGACCUAGCAACGCAACUGGCAAAAUUAUCAUACAAAAUAACGCUGAAAAAUAAUGGGAAAGGUGAAGUGAAGAGUUUUUUGUUCGCAGUGGAGCCGAAUGUGAAAGAUAGUCUGUCAUAUAUAGGAGCACAGACAGGAGAUUCACUUAAAACUUCCCUGAAGCUUUUUGAUACUAAGGUUCAAGGCCAUGCUGAUAAGUUGUUCUGGCGAAUCGAGAUGAAAGAUGUUCUGAAGCCUGGAGAGACAGCUGUUGUGGAUGUAGAGACUGUCUAUACCCUUCAGCUUAUACCUCAUCCAGCUUCUAUCACACAAAAAGAUAAGCAGCUUGUAUUGUAUAAUGGCAACCAUUAUUUCUAUAGCCCUUAUCCUGUAAAAGAACAAAGUACAAUAGUGAACCUUGGUACAAGAAAUGUAGAGAGUUACACAAAACUAAAGCCAUCUUCUCAGUCUGAGAACAUCAUCACAUAUGGGUCAUAUGAGGAUGUUCCUCCAUUUUCUGUGGAUAAGAUGUCUGUUCAUUAUGAAAACAAUGCACCAUUCCUCACAAUCACAAACUUGGAAAGAGUAAUUGAAGUGUCUCACUGGGGAAAUAUUGCUGUUGAAGAAACCAUUGAUCUGAAACACAGUGGUGCUACCCUAAAGGGGCCAUUUUCUCGAUACGAGUACCAGAGGGAAACUCAGAGUGGCUUGUCCAGUGUCAGGUCCUUUAAGACUAUACUCCCAGCAGCUGCAGCUGAUAUAUAUUAUCGAGAUGAAAUUGGUAACAUCUCCACUUCUAAUAUGAAAAUUCUAAGUGAUUCUGUAGAACUUGAUCUUCGUCCAAGAUUUCCAUUAUUUGGAGGCUGGAAAACCCACUACGUUAUUGGAUACAAUGUCCCAAGCUAUGAGUACUUAUUUAAUAGAGGAGAUGAUUACUUGCUAAAAAUGCGCUUCUUGGACCAUGUGUUUGAUGAUAUGAUUGUUGAUGAAGUAACUACUAAAAUUAUUCUGCCAGAGGGUUCCCAGAAUAUGCAACUUACAACUCCAUAUCCUAUAGAACAUUUGCCUAAUUCUCUUCAUUUUACAUAUCUCGACAUAAAAGGAAGGCCAGUGAUAAUACUAAGAAAGAAAAAUCUUGUUGAGAAUCAUAUUCAGGACUUUCAGUUGCAGUACAAUUUCCCUCGAAUCCUAAUGUUGCAGGAGCCUUUCCUCAUUGUUGCAGCCUUUUAUCUUUUGUUUGUCUUCGUCAUUGUUUAUGUGCGGUUAGAUUUCUCCAUAACUAAGGAUGAAGUAGGAGAGAGUCGCAUGAGAGUUGCAGGUUACUGCGAGAAGGUACUAGCCCAUCAGGAUAAACGGGCCCUUACAUAUACAUACUACAAUGAGCAGUUGGGCAAGCUGAAAUCAUCCAAAGACAUUAACGCAUUUCUUACAUCAGUGAAGAACAUCAACCAUGAAUACAAGCGUGAAACUGCUCAUAUUGCUGACCUUUUGGUAAAACUAAAAGCUGAUGCCCCAGAUCUUGCUGAAAAGGUCUCAGAGCUGCAGAAAGCUGAUAAGCAUUUGAAAGAGUUGUACACGCAACACCAGAGUCUGUAUGUUGAUAAACUAGUACCAGGAAAGAUUGCUCGGCAGGCAUUUGUUGACACUGAGAAUCAAUUCAACAAGAAGAAAGAGGAGUGUGUAGAGAAAAUCAACACACUUGUUAAAUCACUACAAUAAAAAUGUGAUAGAGUAAUGAGGGAAAACUAUGUUCUUAUGGUACAGAUUUUUGUUAUUUUUAGACAAUCAAGAGGAGUUGUUUUUUUCAUGUCCACUUUCAAUUUGUGUGGUCACAUGUAUUAAUGAUUUUUACACAUCAAGAUUAGCAUGCUAAGAGUGCUUGUGUAUAUAUGGAUGUAUCUUGUUCAUGAAAAUUAAGAAAAUCAAAUUAUAUGACUGCCACAUAAAGUUACGAAUUGUUCCAAUCUUGCUGUAAUGUGAAUUAGGUCAUAUCUUGUGCAUGCUAGUUCCCCCCCUUAAUUUCUUUCUUUCUACAAUGCGGGCCCAUUUGAUAAAAAAGCCCAUUCUGAACCAUGAGAAUGUCAAUAAAUACAAUGAAAUAUGACAAGGUAUAGGCAAGGUCUUAAUAUUUAAUAUAUGUAUAGGAUUCUUGUGAUAUAUUUACAUUUAUUAUAUUGCACUCAAAAUUCAAAUUAGUCUGUUGCAUACUAAUAACUUCCUCAUGUAGCUGAAGUUUCACAGAAAGAUGACAUCCUUUUGAAAUUCUGAAACAAGUUAUGAAGGAUCUGUAACACAUUAUUUAUAUGUUUUCAAUUCUUCUUGCUUGUCCCACAGUCAUGCAAUUUGCUAGAUUACAUAAAAAAAUUACAAGAAUAUUUCUGUAUCAAAGUUUUACUAGAGUAAACACACUUUCUUAUCUUACAGAAGAAAUUGAUGUCUAAGGUUCGACAGUUCAUACAAAAUGUACAAAAUAGCAAUGAGUAAGAAACAAGUUUUUUGUGCUUUUAUGGCACCUGUACAUGUAAGUGAACACUCCAUGAUUUUUCUCCCACAAAAAUGGUACACUCAAAAUAAAUAUACGGAAAUCAAAGGAUAAUGUAUGUUCAAUUAAAACACUAAAAGAAAACAUCAAGAGACAGAAACUAAAAUAUUCUGAUAUAAAAGUGCAACAGCAGCUCUACUUCAGGACAAGAAAUUAAUGCAUUUUCAUGUUUGCAGUCUGAGCACACCAAGAAUACUGCAUAAUUAAGCAUAAAAUAAAUUGUUAUCCAAGUUUUUCCAUAUCCCUUUAGGAUGCAGUGGCACAAAGAAAGUAAAAAACAAAACUAAGCAUUUUAAAAAACAUGCUUUGCUACAAUCAACAUGGCAUUUACAACUAUGUUAAUACACAACUUAUGGGGGGAGGGGGGGUGUCCGGCAGUCAGGGUACUGCUUGCAAACAGUUCCCUAUUGCAUAGCAUUGCUAAUUGGUUGCUGGACUUUCAUCAUACACUAGGUCCAUGUUCCUUUCAAUAUAUUUAGUCUUUCUUACAUAUGUAAAAGCAAAUGUUACACUUAGUUUAUUUUGACAGUCUUUAAAAAAAUCUAGCUGACUUGUACAUCCAACAUUUAACAACGUGAAUUGAACAAAAUUAAAAUCAGUGUGAAAUAAAAAAAUUAUAGUGUUCUAAGUUAAAAUGUAAUAAAACUUGCAAAACUUUGGCUUUUGAAAAGUAAGAGUAAUAAACUGUAAUCCUACUUUCCAGUUAUUGGCUUGAUAAAUUGUAAUCUUCCAUGAAAAUAAAGUUUAUAUGACAAAA